AUGGGCCAGGAGAAUGUGGCUUCUUCGCCACUCGAGGCGAGCAGUCCAGCUGCGGCACGAUUGAGCAGUCGAAGGCCGAGGAGGCCACCUACGGUGACACCCAAACGCUUCAACAGAUUUUUCACACCACGGAACCGUGCAAAGACGGGAGGUCGCCAGAGCAAGGCCGGACGGCAGCUCCGUGACAUUACUGCGAACGGCAUCAACCGGAGAAAGCACACUGCGCUAGUCAAAGAUGAGCUUUCGAAGCAUUUACAGGACGAGAGAUCGGCUAUACAUUCUCCUAAGCGUCGGAAGCUUACAGCAAUUAGCGCAAGCUCGCCAUUGCAGUCAUCGCCGUUGAAGCACGUUGAAGCAGUGAGUCCCAUACGGAUUCUCGAGGAUGAGCCAUUUUCUCCGCCGGCAUUAUACGACGAUGACUUGCCAACUCUGAAGGAAAGGCCACAAUCCUUCCCUGUGCGUGUUCGGACAUUACGCCGAGCAGGUCGCUCGGAUCGCAUCCUCGAGCGUAGUUUCGGUGGUUACAGCGCGCUCAACCGUAUGCCGGCGGGCUCUGGCCACUGCGCAAACUGGCAGGCAGAGACGGCAAACUUCGUGUCGACGCCCGACGAUAUACACAGUUUCAGACCAGGUUCAGCGGUGCCGUUCUGCACCACAAGCUGCAAUGCCAACUCGUUGGUCGCAGUAGGUGACGAAGAAGGCAACGUGCGACUCAUCGAUUCGGCGGCAUCGUCGGAUUUUGCAGCGGCGUACCUGAACUUUAGGGUGCACCGCAAUGCGAUUAUGGAUAUUGCAUUCAACUCGAACGACUUGCUUUUGGCGACUGCGAGUGGCGAUCAGACCGCCCGGGUAAGUGACAUGCGCACGCAACAAGUGCUCUGCGUGCUUGCGGGACACACAAGCAGCGUGAAACAGGUUCGCUUCCAACCUAUGGAAGACAAUCUCCUUACCACAAGCGGCCGAGAUAGCAGUGUGCAGAUCUGGGAUCUAAGAUGUUCUGGCAAGGGUUCCGUUCAGAGCCUUCAGCCGGGGCAGAGAAGAGGCUUAGACGAAGACGGCAUUGCACAGCCUUCCCAACUAGAUGACGCACCUGUGUCCGUCACAGCGUUCCAGCAUCUGCGCAACGGAAGUUCGAAUCUCCUCGUCACCGGGAGCGAGCUGGACGCCUCACUCAAGCUUUGGGACCUUCGCAACGCUAGUAGACGCGAUCCGAUUCCUCUUUCAGCUACAGAGCUACCGAAGAUGCACCGCCGGACACGCAACUAUGGCAUCUGCAGUAUCGAGCUCUCGGGCGACGGAGCCCGUAUAUACGCGCUCUGCAAGGAUGCUACUGUCUAUGCGUACUCGACUACCCAGCUACUGGCGGGACAGUCCACCGACGUGUCAUCGAAUUGGACAGGGAGAAGGCCGCUGAAAGAUCCAACAAUCACAGUUGAGCCGCUGUAUGGCUAUCGGCACGCGCUACCAGGCGGGCAGCAGCAGUCGCUGCUUGCGAUAAACAGCUUCUACGUCAAGCUUGCAUUGCGUCCGGCGCAAGGCGACCGAAGCGAAAUGCUCGCCGUUGGCAACACCGAUCGCUGCCCAAUUGUAUUCCCAACUGACGAACGUUACUUGCCGCUAAGGCCCUUUGGCGUACCUGGUGGCGAGGACACCUACCAUUGCGAUGGGUACGGAUAUGAUUCGGAGCCGCCGGAUGCCAGAGACGCUCCGACGUCUAAAGGAAGCUUCGUUCCGCGCAUCUAUGAACGAGGCACAGCUCUUCUUCGCGGGCAUAGCAGCGAGGUUACAUCUGUGGCAUGGACUCAUGAGGGCGAUCUUGUUACUGUCGGAGACGACUUCACUGCUCGAUGCUGGCGCGAAGACGCAGAGAAAGCAAGAGAGUUGCGAGCUUGUGGCGAAGGCGGUGGGCGGAGAUGGGGUCACGGGUGGGCGGACGCUGAGGCGCGCUGGGAUGAGGAAGAUGGUUGA